AACACAGGCUGAUGUCUAGUGGGAUGGGUUGUUUUUUUUCUGCCAACCCUCUAAUCCUUGGUUGUGUUUUUUGCUGUAUAAUUUUUAUUUUAGAUCCAUUCAAAAAUAUAACAAUGAUGUACAGAGAGGGUCUUUUUAGCAUAACCUUGAACACCACAUUUGUUCGACCUACAAAGUUUUAUCUUGCUGGGUUUUACAACAUCCCUCAUGUUAAGUAUUACUUUGUCUUCUUGUGCUUUGUCUACAUCAUGACUGUGCUUGGCAAUGGUUUUCUUCUAUCUGUUAUCUACCUUGUUAAGACCCUCCAUACUCCCAAAUACAUAAUAGUGUUUAACUUGGCUUUUACAGACCUCUGUGGGAGCACAGCUCUUAUCCCAAAACUCUUAGACACGUUUUUAUUUGACAGGAGGUACAUUGUUUAUGAGGCUUGUUUAACUUACAUGUUCUUUGUCUUAUUAUUUGGAAGUAUUCAAUCAUGGACGCUUGUCACAAUGGCAUAUGAUAGAUUAAUAGCAAUUUGCUUUCCAUUAAGAUAUCACAGCAUUAUAACCACAAAAUCUGUUGUUGCAAUGCUGCUGAGUUCUUGGAUUGUUAUGCUCUGUGUCAACGCAGUAUUGGCUGGGUUUAUUAAUCGCCUGUCUUUCUGUGCAUCUGUAGAAAUUAAAGCCUUCUUCUGUGAUCAUGGACCUAUAUAUCAACUGGCCUGUAAUGAUACAUCUUACGGCUAUAUGAUGGCUGCUGUUUACUCUGGAGAGUUUUCUCUGCUGGUAAUCUGCCUGUCCGUUCUCAGAAGUUCUCUGGAGAACAGUUUCUGUCAAAGAUCUGCCUGCCCGCUCUCAGAAGAUAACCGGAAACUCAAUCAGUGAUCUGCCUGCAUUCAGUAAGCUCUGCCUCCGCCUCUGCCCUCUGCCUGCCGUCAGCCUCUGGACCCUCAAGGUUCCCCCCCUCUGCAGCUCUGCUCCACUCAAGAACAGGUACAGCCCUGACACACUCUCAACCUGCAACAUUCCCUAAACUUCUCUGUCCUCCCCUGCAGUGAACCCACUUGUGACCAGUCAACCACUUCCUGGAUCUGUAUAACCUGUGUGAUUUACAGAACUCUCCCGUGACCAGUCAAGCCUCUACUGAA